AUGGCGCCGGUGAGCGAGCAGCUGGCGCCGCAGGGCGCGGGGGACCCCGCCGCCGCCCCCCUGUCCGCCCCGCCGGCGGCGGCUGCCGUGGUGGAGCCACGGCGGGAGAACGGCGGCGAGUGGUGCCCCGGGAGCAGCGAGAGCGGGGCGCAGCCCCGGGCGGAGACGGAGGCCCCCGGGAGCGCGGGCUGCCCCGGGAGCGCGGCGCCUGAGCCCCCCGAGGGCGGCUGGGGCUGGGUGGUGAUGCUGGCCGCCAUGUGGUGCAACGGCGCCGUCUUCGGCAUCCAGAACUCGUGCGGGGUCCUCUUCGUCUCCAUGCUCCAGCUCUUCGGCGGCGGCGAGGACAAGCAGCUGGCGUUCAAAACAGCAUGGGUGAACUCUCUUUCUAUGGGAAUGGUCUUCUUCUGUUCUCCAAUAGUCAGCAUAUUCACAGACCUGUUUGGUUGUCGAAAAGUAGCUGUUAUUGGAGCUGCAGUAGGAUUUGCUGGACUCCUUUCAAGUUCUUUUGUAAGCACCAUUGAACCUCUAUAUUUCACUUACGGAGUCUUAUUUGCCUGUGGCUGCUCAUUUGCGUACCAGCCAUCCUUGGUCAUCCUCGGGCACUAUUUCAAGAAACGCCUUGGACUAGUGAAUGGCAUUGUCACUGCAGGCAGCAGCUUGUUCACUGUGUCACUACCCUUCCUCUUGAGAGUUUUGAUUGAUUCUGUUGGCCUAUACAACACUUUGCGGGUCCUGUGCAUCCUUAUGUUUAUUCUGUUCCUGGCUGGCUUUACAUACAAACCUCUUGUUUCCAACGUCAAAGACAAGGAGGGAGUAAAGAAGGGAAAGUUCAGAUUUCCUCCUGAUAAAAAGAUUUGCAAUUUCUCCGUUUUCAAAGUUCUCAGUUACCGAAUCUGGGCUUUUGGGAUCCCAGCUGCGCUUUUUGGAUACUUUGUGCCUUAUGUUCACUUGAUGAAGCAUGUAAAAGACAGAUUUGGUGACAGCGUGCCAGAAGAAGUGCUUCUACUGUGUCUGGGCAUUACUUCAGGAGUUGGCAGAUUGAUUUUUGGCAGAGUUGCAGAUUAUAUUCCUGGUGCAAAAAAAGUUUAUUUACAGGUGGCCUCAUUCUUCUUUAUUGGGUUGAUGUCUAUGAUGAUUCCACUGUGCCAUGUCUUUGGAGGUCUCAUUGCUGUCUGUCUCUUCAUGGGCCUGUUUGAUGGGUGCUUCAUUUGCAUUAUGGCUCCUAUUGCCUUUGAGCUUGUUGGGGCUCAGGAUGUCUCCCAGGCCAUAGGAUUUCUACUAGGACUCAUGUCAAUACCUAUGACAGUUGGUCCACCCAUUGCAGGUUUGCUGCGUGAUCACCUCGGCACCUAUGAUGUUGCAUUCUACCUGGCGGGAGUCCCUCCCCUUAUUGGCGGAGCUAUAUUGUGUUUCAUCCCCUGGGUCCAUGAACGGCAGAAGUUAAAAGAGCGAGCAAAACCUGUUGAUGGAGAAACUACUGAGAAGAUGCUGGAAAACAAAAGCACUUCGGUAUCGGACACUACAGAAAAGCCGGUCAAAGAAAUGGAAUCUGGUUUUUGAUGCUUUCUUGUCCUGUACCAGCCCGACCUUCCUCUACUGAAGCUAGAUUUGUACUUUUUGGCUGAAGAUACUAUAUGAUACUGAAGAAGUCUUGAACUAUUGCUCAAAUCGCGAAACUGCUAUAAGAAUCUUUUAUACCAUUGAACUUCUUUUUGAUGAAUCGUUGAGUUUGAUUUCAAGCCACAUUUUCAAGUUAUUUGAAGUUUUGUAGCAUUAGUGUGUACGUGCGUAGUGAUUCUGUGUGUGAAGAGAAUAUUUUUCUAAUCCAUCAGAACCUAUUUCUGGAAGUGUGAAAGCUGGUUUUGGUUCACUGACCCAGGAUUCUUCAGUAACUGUUAUGGUCCAUCCAAUGCAGGCAUACCCGUGGGUGUUUAUACUGGGAAAUGCAGUAGCUCUUAUGACUGAUUUGUUUUUUGAAGUUUCUCAUGCUGUUUUACAGUCUGCUACAAUUCUAUACUAUGAACUCAAAUAUGCAUCUUUUUGUUUCCCUUAGCUUUCUAAUGAUUUCAGCAAGAGUUAAAUUAUUAAACAUCUGUGUUAUUUUCUUUAAAUAUACCAGCCUGCUCGGUUUGCUUAAACAUUCACUUGUUUUUGCAUUGAUUCACCUUUUCACAGCAGCCCCAACAAAGAACAUCAAGGAUGAAAUUUUUGAUGGGCAUAACUUUGAAUAUGCACAAACUAAGCUCUGAGUGCAAACACAUUCAGAAGUAAAGCUGCUUGAAUGAUAGAUUUUUUUUUUUUAUUUGGUGAAGGCAAUACUUUUAAUGUAUAUGUGUAAUUUUUUUUUCAGCUAAACCUCAGAAUAGCUGAUAGUUUUGAAAUUGUACUGACAGUGAUACUUUGGAGCAGUAUUGUUAAUUACACUGAAUUUCAAAUUCUUCUGUUGUACUUGUUAGGUUCUUUUUUAUUCGUAAAACCAAGACAGCUUUAAAGAAUACAUUCAAAGUGCAAUAAUAAGUCGGGUUUAACGUGGAAAUAGACACGAGCUAUUAAAGUGACAUUCAACAAUUAAAGAUUUUUGCACUAAGUGAACAUGCAGGUUUAUUAUAGGUCUUUAUAGCUGUGUAGGAUAUAGCUCCAUAUUUUAUUCAAAUAUAAAGAAAUGUCAUUGCAUGUCCUAUUUCUUGCUUAACAUACUAAACAUGGCCCUAUUACUUUUACAUAUUCUUAGGUAUUAUGCACUGUUUGUCAAGCAGGUAUUUCUGAAAACCUCAUUCUCUGAAAAAUGUUUGAAAGCAUAUUACUUUGAGAUGAAAACAGUGCUUUUCAGUUCAUCAUAAAACACUUCCAAGUAUAUUGUUUAUUUCUGGAUAUGGAUCAGCAAUGCAGUGGAGUACUUAAUCAUUCUUUAUUUCAGGUCCAUUCAAUACUAUUAUUUUUUGUUUUCUUGUUUAGAAGUGUCAUAGCAAAGAGUAAACUAAAUGUUGAACACUGAAAUGCAUUUUCUUAAUUAGUAACGAAACCUGUUCUUCACAUAAACCACAGAGGCAUACUGUUUUCAAAUGAUAACCUUUAUUGUGUUUUCUAUUUUUAUUAUUUUUCUUUCUCCAGAGUUGUAGUAAAUUGCUGAUAAAGCCCAUGCAUAUUUGUGAUAUAAAACAUUAUGUUAGCAAUACUAUCGCUUAGAAUGUUUACAUCUAUCGACUUAUAAAAGUUCUUUAAAUAUAAUAAUGCAAAGCAUCCUAGUUAUUGGAGACCAAAGCUCAUACCUCUUUUAUAUUGCAGAAUUUCAAUCCCUGCUUUUACAUGAGUGAGGUUUAAAAAAAUUGAAUCUUAAAAUGUUAGAGGUGUAUGGAGGGACUUGGAGGUGGAAAAAAACCCCAAACAUUCUGUAAAACAGAGGUCCCUCUAGGUUCACUGGGAUUUGUGCUUCUGCACCUCAUAAGUGCUUCUAAAAAUGUCAUUAAAAUAUUCAUAGUAUUGUUAAUUAAAACAACUACAAAAUGCUGCCUUCUUUACAAAAAUGGUGUUACUAGCUUAUGCUGUUCUUGUCUGGAGUAUUUCUGUAGAACACAUUAUUCAGUAUUAUCUUCUAUUUGGGCAAUGCAAAAGGUGUUGAGUAAGUAUGGUAAAAGCCUCUUGUUUACUAUUGCUUUGUUAUGAAAAAUUAGUUUUCAUCACAGAUCUUACAUUUUAUGUGUUUUAACUUUGAGUUUUUUAACCAAAAACAAGGCUGCUUUUUAGCACUAAUACAAUUUGAAAUCAUUGUGACCAGACAUCUUGAUGUAAUUGUGGCAUCUUCCUGACUUGCUGCUCUCUAUCUAUAUAAAUUACCUGGGAGAGAAAAUAAAAUAAGUGUUCAGUUUUAGAAAUUAUAUAGUAUAUAGUAUAGUAUAACAAAAUAGUAUGGAUUAAUUAUUGCCAUACCCUUUAAAAAUGUAUUUGUACAUAAAAAUCCAAACUCUCAAAUUUGAGUAACUAAAAAUGUGAAUUAUGCUCACAAAUGUGAAGGAUGGCAUUUUAAAAAAAAAAAACCAAACCAAACCCCAGAGACUCCAGGAGGAGGGAGGGUAUGAUGAGUUGAUGUUUAAGAGUGAGUACUAUGUUAAAACCAGCUAGUGAAUGGGAUGUCAGACAAGAGGGAAGCAGAGUUAGGAGUAGAAAGCCAUGCUUGUGUGAUGAUGUUGGAAUAAUGAACCUGUUUCUGUUGUCAGUGCUUGUUUUACAACAAUGGUAAAAUUGAGAAGGCUUCAGAAAAAACCCAAAAUUUCAGAAAAGGUUAAAAGAAAAAAGUAAAUUAAUGCGUGAGAAUUCUUUUAGCACCUUUGCUGUUAGCUUGUAUCUAUGGGGGAAAUAUCCAAUGGAAAAUGCUCUUUAUUGGACAUAAGCAUAAGAAGAUUGUGUCCUAAAGCUAGAUAAGAUGCAGCUGAAAUUAAAGUAAAGUUCAGAUUGUUAGCGGUGACACUGGCUAACCAUUGAGAAACUUUAGAGACAUACUGAAUUCUGUAUGCCCUGUGGUUUUAAACGUGAGGUUAGCUGUCUCCCUUUAAAAAAAAAACAAACCACAAACAAAACCCAACCCAAAACACAGAAAACCCAACACAAACAACUCUUUAGUACAUACAUGAAAAAAUGAUUGAAUAAUGUAGAAAUGGUUGCUAUUCUGAAAACUAGGAGAGAAAAGCACUGACCAUUCAAUUUUAUUUUGACUGAGUAAAUGUAAAUAAACUUUUGUAACAAUUUAUGUUGAACAAUUUAUAUUUCACAAAAAUGUGAAAACCUGUUCAUGGGAUACCUGUUGAACUCAUAUUUUAGUGACCUAAUGCAUGCCAGAUUUAAUCUUGUUGGAGGUAGAUUCUAAAAUUAGAAUAUUAGCUUAGUUCAAGAAACCACUUAAAUCAUUCAGAUGUAUCCCUCUCUUGAGAACAGUUCAUAGAGUACUUUUCAUAGACAUUGAUCUCCCAUCCUAUAAACAGUAAUUGUCUUUUUUCAUUAAAUGUUCUCAGAGUAAGCCUCAGAAGAAAUUGGGUGGAAAGAGGUUCACUUACAAGGGCAGUGUGAAAUUUCCACUCCUACUUCAUGCUAUAAUUUAAUACACCAGAUCUUGAAACCAAGACUAAUUUUGAGCAAGGGGUUGGUUUUAUGUAUGGCUGACAUUUAAGUCUUUUCAGCAGGUAUGAGAGCCUUGUAAAUUUUAAUGCAUCUGUUCAGCAAAGAGUCUGAAAUAAUGAAAACCCUUCAGGUUCUUAUUUACAUCUAAGCUAUGCAACAAUAUACAAUGUAUAACUAAUAAAGUAUUGUUGGGUUUAUUCUGACUACGUUAAAGGACCUGCACAAGUCUCAAACCAAGACUUCAAAUUAACAUACUCUUAGUUAAAAUGUAAUUCAGAUAUUUGUCUGUUCAGCAUUAAUAUUUAAAAUUAUUUUGCUAAGUUUACUUUCAGUGACCAUUUAUGGGCCUUCCUAAAUUGGUCACUGAAGUCCAAGAUGACAUAGCCAUUCUGUGGCCAUCCUUCAGGGUAUAUUCAGUAUCAGAUGAUGUAGACAACUGACAUUUUUCUCCUUUGGCUCUUGAUGUAUGAUCUCUGGGCAUAUACAUUCCCCCCUUCCCUCUGGAGACACUGGAUUGUCAAAGCUGAUGUACACUGUAUUGGGAAUGGAUAGUACUUUCCAGCCUUCCUUUCUCAGACAUCCUCCCUGCAUGAAACCUUUGAAUAACCAUAGCCUGAUAGACUAGGCAAGCUUUUGUGAAGUGGGAGAUGUGGGGUUGAAUCAACUCAGAAGAGUGCCUAAGGCAGUUCUUGCACAUACUAGAUGCUUUGAUCACACCCUUAGGAUGUAAAAGGUGGACAUUACCUUUUUAAAGCAGAAUGCCCUGCUCAGUUUUUUGCGUCAGAUAGUACAUGCCCAAGGGACAGGAGAUAAUCCCCUGCAGCCCCAAAGGAAGUAUCUAAGGAUGGGAAUCAACGCUACUAUCCUUAGGAUCAUCCUUAGGGGUUAGCUUAAGCAGCUGGGUUCUUGCUGCGCUGGCACAGGGCAGCUCCCUGCUUCUCUGCUUGCUGCAUGACAGCCCACACAGAGGGGCUUGGCCGUCCCUUCUGAGCAGGGAACAGAGGUGCUGCCUUGCUUGGGGCCUGGGAGCUGGAAGUGUUAUGGAAGCUGACUUUCAGGUAUCUUAACUCUUCUGUGGGAACUGUCCCUCUGAUACUAAAAGAGUGCGUGUGUGUGUGUGUGCGUGUAUAGAUAAAUACAAAGUAUUUUGACCAGGGCAUACACAAACAUUCUGCUUUAACUACAGGAGCUGUAGCACUGGAAUGUGGGAGACAGCUGAGGAAGAAGUAAUUGUUUUCGUUUGUGUGUUUCACUGUUGACAAGCACAGCACCAUUACAGUUCCAGCCAGCCAGUGAGUUUCUAGUAAUGUAAACUUUGGCAUAUUUUCAGUAUGCCUUUUAGUCUUACAUAUAUAGUGUCAGCAUUUUUAAUGCUUCAGAACUGUGUAUGCUAAGAUUAGAGUGAUUUUAUACUAAAAAUUUGUGAUAAUAUUGAUAACACUGACAUGUUUAAGUAUCUUUAUAGACAUCAUAUUUUGUAUGUUGUUUUUGAUAUUAAAGGAUAUAUGUUUUGCUAGCCUUAACUCCAAAGUUCUGCUUUGUUAGAAGGGUAAGAAAUGAAUGUCGAUAAUGUUUUUCAUGGUGCUAAAGUAACUGUGAUCAGUCUCAAAUUAUUCAGAAUAAAGAUGGUAGUUCUUAAG